AUGAGGGACAACGACCGAAAAGGCGCCGCGUUGCCACGACAACGCCGCUUGACUCAGGCAGUGCUGCGGGCGGCCCCGCCCAAUGCGCAUGCGACUCCCACCCUCGUUACGUGGGGUGGUGUAGCUGGUACUGGUUUAAUAUGGGUCACAGACUGGAAGCUGGUCCUUCAGUAUGUUCCCUACAUUGGCGGCAAGUUUAAAACUGAAGACUAA